AAUGUUCUUUCUCCUUUCGACACACAUGUGAGACAUUGUUUAUUUCUUGGAAAAAGGAGGGCGAAAUAGAGGGGAAGUGAAUGAAUGAAAAAAAAAGAUACAAAGCAGUGCAAUGUGAAUGUUUCUAGAACAAUUGUUUACAUGUCUUUUUUAAGAAAAAAGAAUUGACAUAUGUCUUAUCCGAAAACUAUCUGAGUAAUAUUAUCAAAAGUAUAAAUGUUGUACUUAUAUUUUUUAAUUUUCUCGUGAAAAAUUUAAAAAAAAAUUUGGGACAAAUAUUUGAAACGAGGAGUAGAGUGUACCUUAAAAUUGCCUGCCUAUAUAAAUGUUAGAAAAUUUCCUGGGUAUGUUUAGAAAACGUCGACGUCUCAACGGUGACGACGACAUACCGCGCAACAAUGACAAUCCAACGACGGCUACAUCAAAUAGCUUAAUCAACGGCGAUAAUAGUGAAAAUAAUUACCCUAUGUCCAGAAAUCUAACUGGUUUUUGGGAUUCCAUAUUUAGUGUCAAUAGCAAUGAUUCUGAUACAAGCAGUUCUAGUAAUGCAACCGCUGUUGCUCCCAUCUCAUAUUCAGACAGUGACAUUGGCAUGUGUGUUGAUAGACCUUUCAAUUUAAAUGAAAGGUUUGUUACCGUUCUAGACCAGUUAGAUGCCCGAGUUGAAAAGUUUCGGAAGGAUGCUUUGGGCUUGCAGGAGAAACGUGACUUCUUGCUUAUGUCCAUUGAUUUGAUAAAAAGCAACGAUUCAAUGCAAAAUCUAACCGAUUCCGAACGAGAAGAGAUCGGUUGUUACUUACAGCGGGUUAACGCUCGUUUGUCAACUGUCGAACUGAAUGUACGCACUGUACGUGAUCACUCGCAGGAGGAUUCUCUAAGCCAAAUCAAUACGUUAAUAGACUUGAUGAUUACUAUGGGUGAUCCGGUGCUGUCACGGCAACGUUGUCAAAUGUACUUGAAUGCCUGCUGCAGUGCUGGCGAAGAUGUUAGCGUUGCCAACACAAAGACGAUAGUUAAUAAAUGA